AUGAAGAGAUCAUCAUUCUCAGACACUAGGCGACAUGGGCAAUCUUCUCGGCACUCAACCCCAUACCGUCCCUAUGAUAGCAGCCAGAGAGAAGAACUCAGAGCUACUGCACAAGAGACUCUAGACAUCUCUCGCAGUCUGCUCAAAGAAUUAGGUACAAACGACUUGGCGAGACACUCCGUCAAGUACUCGUUUGGCUCUCUUACUCGUCUUCACCCUGGCCACUGUCCAUCAUACAGACAGCCAGCUACCAUAAAGGUCAUCAACGAUGAUACGCUCAACGCUGCCAUCGAACUCUGCCAAAGGGCACAAGCUGAUACUGGUCCAAAGAGUCAGCCUCCCAUUGUUGUUAAUUUUGCGAAUCGUCACUCUCCAGGCGGGGGAUGGCUCAACGGGGCCAUGGCCCAAGAGGAGGCACUCUGCUACCGCAGCACCCUCGCCUUGAGUCUCAACAAAAAGCACUACCCCCUCGAGAGAGACGAGGCUCUCUACAGCCCCUAUGCACUCAUCAUGCGUGAUGACCUAUCCUCAGGCCAUGAGAUAUCUUCACUCCCAGCAAGAGAACUCCCCGUGGUGAGCGCCCUGACUGUGGCUGCCUUACGAAGUCCACCAGUUCGCCUUUUUACCAACGAACCUCGCAAGGACAGAAUGCGCAGGUCCAGUUCUGAAGUCUUCGAAAAGCGUGUCUUUGCAAACGAUCGAGACCGCGAUAUCACAAAGGCUAAGAUGAGACUUUGUUUGCGCAUGGCGGCUAGACACAAACAUGACAUGCUUGUGCUUGGUGCUUUGGGCUGUGGAGUCUACGGUAACCCGCCAGAGGACAUUGCUCAUUGCUGGCUGGAGGUAUUGAGGGAAGAUGAGUUUUCGGGAAAUUGGUGGCGGGAAGUAUGGUUUGCGGUAUUUGACCCAAAGAACGAGGGCAAUUUUGAGAUAUUUCAUCAGGUGCUUGACGGGAAGCAAGUUUAG